AUGAUCUGCAAAGAAUGCGAACGUCUAAACGUCGAGGAUUUAUUUCAGCAAGCACACAACUCUCCUGCGCAUAUCAUACUGCACUCAUCCUAUGAGCUUCUCGAAACAGCAGCCAAGAAUGGCUGUGACACUUGUCGAACAUUCUAUAAUCACUUCAAUGGCAAUUUCAAAGACCUGAAGAAGAAGCUGUCUGAGCUCGAAAAUGAUGGCUCAGCCUUGCCAAUCGUCGUCUUCCUUCAGAUGGCAUUCUCGCAGCAGAAUGGGAAAAGACCAAUCGUCAAACUUCAUGUCCAGAUUGGCGACCAGCCUGAUAGACCAGGUGUCGAGCAGAUGAAGAUCUCAUUUCGUGUUUCUUUGUCUUGGGCUGCGAGUAUGGUUGACAUACCCCUAGUUGGAAUCUACGUGCUAAAGGUAAUUCUAGGUCUGGAAAAAGAGACUAGACAAGCAGCAUUUGAACUUCGAUAUAUCGAGAUUGACCAUGAUCUGGGCUCGGACCAGAAUUUUGGUAUCGCUCAAGGCUGGAUUCGAAAUUGUUGCAAUGAUCAUGACCCCGCCAUUUGCCCCGCAUUGCGGGAUGUCAACCUUCCAACGAGACUCAUUUACGUUGGACCUCCUGACAAUCAUGACCAACUACGUCUGAUACAGACCUCCAAGACCGAGAAAGGACGGUACUUGGCUCUGUCGCAUUGUUGGGGUCCUCCAGGAACGAAGAAAUUACUUACCACCACGGAAACCCUUGAGUCUCGCUUGGCAUCUAUCGACCAAAGCGAAAUGCCAGCAAAUUUCUCUGAUGCAGUAAUCAUUACUCGAAGACUUGGAUAUAGAUACCUAUGGAUCGACUCAUUAUGCAUUAUUCAGGAUUCCAAGACGGACUGGGAAACGGAAAGUCAGAACAUGGGUAACAUUUACACCAAUGCUGCUAUAACACUGGCCGCUGCGGCUGCGACGAGUGGUGAGGGUGGUAUGCUCACCAAAGGCUAUCAACCUGUCUCAAAUGAUAAACUGAAUCCGAAGAACUGGUUCCUGACAGACUCCAUUGGAAGAUCGCACGUUGCAUUUGCUCAGGAUAAUUCCCAAUCUGGAAUUGCUCAAGCGAAGUCCGUCCUUUCAUCUUGCCGCAUAAAACUCAACUCAGACGACGAAGCACAAAGCAUCAUCCUAGACCCCCUGACAGAGUUUUCUGACUUGGAAGAAAAUUGGUUCCGUUGUACAGUCUUGGGACCAUUGGCACUUCGAGGAUGGUGCCUUCAAGAAAAGCUUUUGUCACGACAAAUCCUAUAUUAUGGGAAUCGCCAAAUCUAUUGGCAAUGCGCGUCAGCUCGUAAAGCUGCAGACGGGGAAGAUGUUCCAGCUUCAGCAGCAAGAUCCGAAGCCAACAUCGGAAACGAAGUAUCAGAUUGGCCAGAUAUUCUCUCUUUGAGAGAACUCCAUCAACAAGCUGUGGAUUCUGGCUCCCUAGAGAAGCGUGAAGCUGUGGAAAUCAAAAUUUACAAGACGUGGCAUAAUGUCCUUUUCCUGUUCAUUAAUCGCCGCCUCACUUACGACUCGGACCGACUUCCUGGGUUAGCCGGUAUGGCAACACUGAUUCAUGAACUCACUGAUGAUCGCUAUGUCGCCGGCUUUUGGUUGAAGUACCUCCCGGUAAGUCUGCUCUGGACACAGACCAAGUCAGUACUCCGGGAAGACGCCCCUCGAUUUAUUGCCGAUCGAUACGAACUCGAGAAACCGGAAUGGGAAAAGAAGGACUCAAAACAUACGGGUCCCAGUUGGAGUUGGUGUUCAGCGAAUAUCAAUGAUGUUCUCGAUUUCUGGGCUGAUCAUAACGAGGAGUAUCGAACGAGAUUCUGGCGUCAACAAGAUGUAGAGAUCGUAGAUGUUAACGUAGAUCUGGUGGGCGAGAAUCCUUUUGGACAAGUGAAAUCUGGAGAGCUUGUUCUGAAGGGGUAUACAUAUCCGAGAUGGGAUGUUCGAUGUCUUGACCAGGGACCGCUUGGGGGCUUAAGGGUAUACAGCUCUUUGAUUCUAGGGUUCUGUCCGCAUAGUCCAUGGAACAGAGAUCGAGGGAACGAUUCUGGGUGUGAAGAUCGAGCGGUGCUGUGGGAUUAUUGGCCGAGACAAGCAAUGUCGCCUCCUGUCAGGACAUGGAAACAUAUUCUGCGCUGGUUGGUUGAGCUUUUCACUCUUCUACUGUGGCAGGGUCUUUCAGGAUUCAGUCGCGAGAGAGGGAGAACGGAUUGUGGUGCUUGUAAUGAGUAUUUAUGCAUGCAUAUUCUAUCUCUCGUGGAGAAAAGAGCAGGGAAAGAUGGAAUGUACGAGGCUGAUCUUUACUCGUUGGUGCUCGAGCCAGUGCCUGGUGAUAAGGAGAAAUACCGGCGGAUUGGCAUGGCGAGGAAGGGAACGUAUGUCACGGAAGAUGAGUUCUUAGCUUCGAAGACCCUAGACACGAAUGAGAGAAGGCUUCCUAAGAUCUUCAGUGAGUGGAAAUGUCAAGAGGUUGUGGUCAUUUGA